GCCCAACUACCAUAAAAACCCAAAAUCAAAGAAGGGAAUUCCGAGGAUCGACGGUGAGCUCCAUCAGACGUCUCUCCAAAAACUAAAACGAAGAGAAAGCCUCGCGUUCGAGCGGCUUCCGUCUUCUCAUCCUAUCCGUCGCCACCCCGAGACUCGAUCAGGCUCGGCUCAAUAAAUUUCCUCUGCGCUUGCGUGACUGGUUUUCUUUGAAGGCGAACCCUGAUGCCAAAGUUUCGUAUAGGAGAAAGAAGGAUGGGCCUUUCUUGCUUUGGCAUACAAGCCUCCCAGUCAGUGGCUGACACAUCCAGCAAAAGUGGACCAUGAAUCAGCUUGACUACUAUAGUGCUUUCUUUGCAGAGGUUGUUUUUACAUUCACUGAAUGUGAUGAUAUAGGGCUUCAGGUAUACUGUAACCAGUCCCUACCCAAAUGUAGGUAGAGAUCUGAUGUCUAUUGCUUUGAUAUUGGUACCUUCUGAGAGAAGCAUCUUGAGGAGGUCUUUGUGAUUGGAAUGGAUGGUGAUACAUGUUUGAUGAAUGUUGACAAGACAGAAGGGUGAGGUAUGUUGUGUAUGACAUGAUUGCAAACAAACAAAGGGUGUGAAGACUUUUUGAGCAUAAUUGUUUAUCUAUCAUUACACACUUUUCCUUCUUUCUUGUGUUCCAUCUAUAUCUGUUAUUUGCUAUGUGAAUAUAUGAUAAUUUCAUAUUUGUUAAAUUGCUAAUUUAAUCUAAGCAGCUGCUAGUUAUCUGUGUUGUUUACAAAUGAGAUUGCGUCCCAUGCAGUUGCUUCUUUCUCCGGCAUUUGCACUAUGAUUCCAGCACCACGAUCGUCUGCACCACCUCAAUUUCUAGCAUGGCAACCUCUUCAGUCUGCUGCAAGUUCUUUCUGGCAACCAGAACAUGUGCAUGAGCAGCUAAGAAAGUUAAAAGAAACUAUUGAUCUGAUGAAAGCAGUGCAGAAAGAACUGGAGGAAAUUCAUCGUAUUAGAAGUUCCAGUCAAGAUAAUGCUGAUAGAGAUAACUUCUCAUCCUUUGAUCACCUAUCAGAAAGAAAAAUCUUGCAGUCUUCAAAUGACACCAUUGCUAGAGACGCCUUUCAGCAUGUCGAGAAUGACAUUCUUCUGCAGUUCUCUGAGACAGUUAAAGCAAAGAUGAUCAGUUUAAAUGCUCAAGAGACUUUUGCAAUGGAAGCUGCAAGCUCUAUAUUUUCUACUCUUAAAAAUCAACUUACACCUUUCAGUGUAAUCACAAAUCAAGCGAGUUCAUGGGAAGAAAGGUUGGUGGCAGUAAAGUUAGCUCAGAAGCUGCAAAAGUCUAGGAGGAACCAACGUUGGAAGAAAAGAAAGAGAAAACGUGUUGCAGAACUAAUACGUAAGGAGCGUGAAGGUUAUGAAAAAGCUGAUCAGGAAGCUGAUGAAUGGAGGAUGAGGGAGAUUGCCAAUGACAUUGCAAGGCGCAAGGCAGAAAAAUUGAAGGAAAUCGCAAAACUCAAAGCUAACGAGGAGAAAAGAAGGCUAGAAUCUGAGCUUGAGCUUGUAUUAAUUGUGGAGAAGUUGCAAGAGCUUCGGUCCAUCAGAAUUCAAAAAUUGAAGAAACAAGGUCAUUUUCUCCCAGAAGAGGAUGAUAAAUUUCUUGAGCGAGUGCAAGCUGCUGUUGAAGAAGAGGAGCGCCAAGCUGCAGCUGCUGCUGACACAAAUGCUGCUAAGGAUGCUAUUGCAACAGCGGAGGAAUCUAGAAAAGCUAUCCACAGUGCAAACAGUGAAGCAAAUGAUGUAAAUCAUAAUAAAGGUGUGGUGGUAGUGAACGAAGACCAGUUAGGUGGAAUUGAAGGUGAAAGAAGUUCAGAUCUAAAUGCAAACCUGAAAUCUGAACAACAAAAAGUUGAAGGUCAAAAUUGUGGUGGAGGCUAUGAUUUCGUUGCCAAUUUACCAUUUGAGUUCUACCACUAUUAUCAUGGAAGCAGCAAUGAUAUGGGAACACUAAUUGAGGUCAGAAAAAUGUGGGAUGCUUACAUCAGACCUGGAGGAAGCCGGAUACCUGGGCACUGGGUUCAGCCACCACAGCCUUCAGAUGAAGUCUGGGCAUCCUAUCUUGUUCACAGCAAGCAAUAACUUAUUAGAGCAAGCAUUGAAGCUGUCUUUCUGUGUCGUGCAUCGUGGCUUUAGAUGAGAUGGCCAUCUUGAAAAGUUCAGACGGUUGCACACGUUGUAUUAGAUUUUGAGAUGGUUCGAUGUUUAAUACAAUGUUUUCUGCUGCUGAAGGGAUACCAUUGAAAUGUGUUAUUGUAGCCUGAUUGACACAAGCUUUAUUCUUUUUUCCCUUAAUGAUGCGAUCUCCUUAAAGAAAAACAGAAUUAAUUCAGCAGGGCUUGCUAAGGUGAUAGUUGUAAUAGUAUUGUGAAUUAAGCGCAGUUUUUUGAAUUAUCAGCCUUUGCAAGUGUUAUGCAGGAA